AUGGAUGAUCAUCAGAUGAGUGGUGAAAAUACAAGUGGCCAUGUAGUGAAAGGCAGAGGGGUGAACUUGGUUCAUCCUGACACUGAUGAAGUUGGCCACGAAUUAUGUUCUCCUGAAUUUCCUAUGACGGGUUCAGAGUUUGGUGAGUCGUAUCGGAAUGACUGGGGGGCCCAUUCCUAUAUCAAAGCCAUUAGUUCCUUGAAUGGUUGGAAACCCGACAAUAGGGAAGUUAGCCAGAAUCUUGACAACCGAGGGAAUUUUAGAACUCAUGAUAGACAUUUUCCUUAUGAUGUCAAUGAGGAGGAGACGGUUCGAAAGGACCAACAAGGCCUCAGACCAUUUGAGGACAAGGAUUAA